AUGGAGGGAACAAGGGUGCUAGUCAGGAACGGGAAGGGGCUGGAAUUGUUCUGCUUAGCUCCAUCACUACCUCAAAGGUCUAAACCACCAUCCCUCAGUCAUCGCAGUUCCGCUCUUGACUUGGCCGGGCCGUGUUUUCUGUGCCCGGGAUUGAUCAGGAUGAAGCCGGAUAUCAAGGAUCGCGAUUUCAUGUAUCGUCUUAUCAUCGGGUCAGUUUGCUGUCCUGGGAUUUACGCAUCAGAUCUCCCCGUUCAUAUGGGAAUAGAAUUACAAGUAAAACAGCGUAAUAAUCGUUUAUAA